AUGUCGAUAUUCAAAAUUAUGAAAACACAUCCAGAUGUGAAUACAGAAGAACAGCAAAUGCAAACCAUGGAUGAAAUUUAUAAGAUUGCUUCCACAGAAAGGAUCCAGCUGUUGGAGAAGGAGCUGGCUGUGCAACUGACUGAACUCAAGUCUGAGAUAGAAGAACAGGGGGAUUUUCAGGGGAGCGCUACUAGAGUUUAUAGCUCUGUUCGGAUACCAAAGGAUGUGUCUUACUUCAGAAGAGAAAGGGAACUGGCACUGAAGAAAAUCUUACAAGUGGCUGAGUCAAAGCCCCUUGUAGUUCAGGCAGAUGUCAUGCAGAGGGAGCUAGAGAGCUGCUUAAGAAGGGAGUACACGCCUGAAAAUUUACCUUUGCUUCUGUUGCAGCAACAAGUUGGUUACAUCAUGCAGGAAUACAAUGACACAGUUCAGAGAGCUGAAAGAUUAUCUGUGGCCCGUGAAAACUUCCUUAUGGGAAAAAACAAUCCUCCUAACUUAGUGACACAGGAAGAUCUGACUAUUUAUACAAGGUGGUUAGUGUGUCACCUCCAAUCUCUCAAGAUGAUUCAUCAUUAUCUGCAGGCCCUGAAAUAUUUGCCCAUCUCCAAAGCACUGAGUAUAACUGCUGACACACUCACUGAGGUUAGUCAGGAAAAUGAACAGAUCUGUGACCAUGACAUUGACCCUGGCUUCCAGGGUUCUGCUUCACCAGGUCCAAUGGAUACCAACAUCUCAGGGCCAUUGAGGACAGAAGCUGCUUUCAUCUUGCCCCAACACACAGCAGAAACGGGAGAACUAAAGUCUCAGCUGGGGCUCCUGCUCUCCCAUUUCAACAUCCCAUAUAAUGUGGAGGAGCUGAGGGACACUGCUAAGGAGAUGGAACUGUUUUCCUUGGUCUCUCAAAAAUUUCAAAGCAUCUUCAAGGAGCAACAGAGGAUGCAAACAUUUCCAGACUAUGAUGCUGGGAUGGCUAAACCUAAGGAUCUGGGUUUGGCAGGACCUAGUAUGGCCUUAAAAAAGAGAGCCAACUGGAUACCCUUUAUAAAGAUUAAACCAAAAUGUGAUCCUUGGCAAAAGAAGUUUUUGACCAAACUAAAAGAACAGCGAAGAGUAGAUGUAUUAAUGCAACUCCAAGCAAAGUUUUUCAAGGAGAGAGUAAAAUUUGUCAAAAGAGCUGGAUUUUCAUCCAGCUUAAGCACCAGCCUCUGUGUGAUUCUGGUCUUGUCAUUUAGAUCCCUGAGCCUUAGCACCCUCAUCUGUGAAAGAAACAGCUCAGAUGAAAUGAACUUUGAGAUCCCUCGUGUAAAUGAAAAUAUGAAGGAAGAUGCCCUUUCAGUGGAACAAAAUGAGAAUGACUCAGUACAAAUAAGUCUCAGUCAACAUGGGCCUUUCAAGCAGAAAAAAGAGACAGGGUACAAUUAUGGUCUGACCCUACAAUUGCUGGGCUUAGAUGAUGGGACUGAGUCCAGUGAUGGGAAUCCCAUCCUGAUGAGAGGAGCCUACCUGUCUUUUCUGUAUCUGCGCCACCUACGAAUGAGGGAGCUGCAGCGCACCUGCUUAGGAAUUCUGAACUAUUUCAGAUCAGUUGAGCGAAGCUUGACAAUCAACGCUUCAGGCCUUACCUUGGUUGCAGGGAACCUGGUCCCAACCGUAGAAGAUCCCUCCUGGGUAAACAUUGCAAAGGGAGGCUUGGGCAUCUUGCAAGGCCUAGGAGCUCACCACUAUAUUCACGGUACACCUGCUGAGCACAAGGUCCACAGUGUGCAAUUCAUGGAGUUCUCAGAAGUGGAGAACCAAGAUGACUUCUAUACCACAGCAGCUGGCUAUAUCCACACCCAGGACCAGCAAGGGGUGUAUGUCAUCUACGACAAAGCCUUGAGUGAUCUGAAGGAGCUAGAAGCAGAACUGCUGCUCGUCGCCAGCCAUUACAUAGAGAAAGAGAAAAGUCACAAAGAGGGCAGCAAGUCACAGGCAGGCCAGGAUUGGAGAUGGGCCCAUGCAGGUGUGGACAGGUUUGCUGUACUAUAUGACCUAUGGACUUGGGAAGCAGCCCAUCUAGAACACAAGUGUCAGCUACUUGACAGUUACUUUGAAGCCUACCAGCACGUGUUGGACCCUGAGGAGCGCUUUGCCUUAGCACAAAUAAUCACUGACAUCAUGUACAGGCGCCCAAGGUUUGAUCCAAGCCAUGCUUAUUUCAUUAACGCUUAUAGAGACGACUGCAUCUGUCUGAAGCUCCACCUGCAGCUGCUGAAGGACAUCCUCGACCAGCAGAUAGAGUGUCAGCGGGAAUAUGUCCAGAGGCUUUGGCGAGAAGGACACUCAUAUGACAGCAGUAAAUUCGGACUUCCCCUUAACAUAAUUUGCAAGCAACUGAUUUCCAUCAACAAUAGCAGCCCAGCCCUGAAAAACAUUUACCUGCUGGAGUUCCACCCUUCACUCGGGUUGGCAUCACUCAUCCCCAAAGCCCUUGAGCAUCUUCUCCAGGAGUUGCGAAGCAUCUGCAGACCCACAUCGGCCAGCAGUCUAGCUCAGCUGGAGAACCGUGUGCUUCGACUGGCCCUGGAUGUGUGGCUCUCUCCGGCCAAGCCUGAGUCCUUGUACAGUGCACAGCUCCAGAAAGAUUUGUUUUCAGCUAAAGUGAUGGGAGAUCCCUUUCUUGUGGUGGAGGUGGGUCUGCUUGCAUUCAAGUCGGCAGCAGAUGAAGGACAGAAGCAAGGUCCAGAUUCUCCUGUUCUGCUCCUGGAGAACUUUUCCAAACUGCUGGAACUGGUGACCCUCCGCCACCGACUGAUAGAAAUGAGUCUGGAGAGUGCACACUUAGCUCGACUUUAUAAGGAAUUAGCAUGGGAGAUGGGUUUUGAAGAGUCCCAUUUGUACUUGAGACCUGUUCAUUUUGAAUUUGCAUCACACAAGGAGAAGAUAGACCAACCACCUCCUGUCUUCAUUACUUCUCUACUGGAGGACAGUGAUCGGGUAGACAGAUAUUCUCCUGCUACUCUUGUCUUAGCCAUCUCUGAGGUGGAUGAUAAUCAAGUUGGCAAAUUUAGUUUUUAUACAAAGGAAGCUAUCCUGAAGCUCUUCAUCCAUUCAGGAGUGGAAAAUAUGCAAGUGACACUAGCAUGCCAAGCUGCUCAGAAAAAUGCGUUGAUGGUGGCUGUCCAGCAGGCAUCCUUCUAUCAUGUCCCCCACAGAGACUGUCCAGCCAAAGGCAAGGAAAUAAGUUCAGAUCUGAGAAAUCAUGGUGGUAUGGGUUCAACCAGAAGAAGAUAUUCCAGAAUUAUGAAUGACAUAGAGAGUUUGCUGUUAGCCACAACUCCAAAAGUCCCAGAUACUCUUACACAUCCUUCAGAAAGACUGCAGAUUAUCAAAAGGGCACCGGAGGCUUUCGUGUCUAUUCAACUAGAAAAGGUGGGGCUGCGGGACAUGAUGCUGAACAACUUUCUCCUCAGGAAACAAACCAUGGCUGACAGAAUGCAAAACCCAGAUGAAAUUGUGAAAGCCAAGAGAGAUGUUAUCAUUGAAUAUUGUCAGAAGUUUGGCCACCACAUGUCUCACUACGCCCUUCGGGCUCAGAUCCUGGCAUACUGCAAUAGCCUGAGAGCCCUGCUGGAAGAUUUCCCAAGCAUCAGGAACACCUUUUUCAUGAUGGGGCAACCUCAAGAAAAGAAGGGGCUGAGGGAUUCCAAGGAAGGCCUUAAGGCUGACUUCAGGCUUUUGGGCACCAUCAGAUACUAUGACCUGAACAAUGAGAUGAAACUGGGCCAAGCCACCCUGAUCUGCACCACAGCAGGAAUAGUCUGA